GGUUGUACUUGUUGUCAGUCGUGAGGUGAAAAGUGGCUGUCGCUGGGGCCCGGCUUUUUCUCCUGACGGAGUUUUCUUCUCCCCGGGAUUGGAGUGGAACAUUUUUCAAAUUGUAGUCCAUGAACUGCACGAGAAACCCUUAACUCAAGAUGCAUCCAGACUUGUCUCCUCACCUGCACAGUGAAGAAUGUAACCGAGUUAUCAGUCUGCUCAAAGAGUGUCACAAAGAGCACACCUUUUUGAGAUUUUUUGGCCACUGCAAUGACCUUGACCGUGAGAUGCGGAAAUGCUUAAAGAAGGAGUACCAAGAAAACCGAGCCAAGAGCCAGGCACAUGCUGAAGAGAUGCGUCAGAGGGUCAUUAAUGCUUCAAAACACUCUGAGAGCUGAGCUAUGUUGCAGCUGGACAGCUAUACAUCAUAUGGACAUUUGGCUGAAAGCUAAAGGAACAUAUCUUGUUUUGUCUUCUAUACACUUGGAUAUAAAAUGCUAUUUCCUCAGCUGCUGAUGUUUGUAAUAAGAAUUGCUGAAGUUUACACUUAUUGCUGACAAGAUACUUUAAUUGUUUGGCGAGAGAUUUAGUGGACUAGAACUGAUUUUUCUAGGGUUGCCAUAGUGCAAACAAUACUUACAUUUGAGAGGAAAACAGGGUUAAAUAAAAAUAAUAAGCAUGUUCUGUUGUUGGACUCCUAAAACAAGAUAAGCUAUAAGCUGGGACCUUUAAGUAAAAUAAAUUGGCUACAAAAUCUUAACCUGAGGUUUCAUCUUCUUUUUAAUGUUAUUCAUUUACUGUGUAUGUCUCAAGUGUUUUUUCUUUCCCUUUUAAAAAACAAGCCAGCUUGAGAAAGUCAGGAGAAAAAACGAUCUUCUUGUAGUUCAAUUGUUUUAUUCUUUAAUCAGAACUAAUCCAGUGUUGUGAACUGUGUGUGGGUAACUCCAUUUGGGGUAGCAAA